GAGAGCUAUAACAACAGACAUAGCCAGGGGACCUGCCAGUCCUCUCCUGCAUCACCCUCAGCAGGAAGCAGUAGGAACAGCAGUGGAAAGGGCUCUCCCUACCUUCCCCACACCCAGAAGCGUCAGUCACCAAUGGGCUUAGAGAGGGAGCUGUACCCCCCUGGGGACCAGAGCAGGGGGGUCCUCCAGGGCCGGGAGCUAGGCAGGCUGUGGGACCCCCCAGCGGAGUUCUCCCUCCGGGACAACGUGUUCCAGGGCACCAACCUGCUGCCGUACCUCCAUACCAGCGCCGGGGGCAAGUUUGAGCAGAUGCUGCAGGAGAUGUUUGACAGGGAGGAGGGAGAUGUAGGCUCACCCAGGGAGGAGGGGAGACUGGGGAUUCACAACGGAGGGCGAGACAGGAAGGCAGAUGAUCCAAAGCCGCUGAAACGCAACCGAACCGGCUCGGGUGAAGGGUACAGGGGUGGAGGUGGGGUGACAUGCCACUGGUGCUCCCAGCUCUUCCCCAGCCCUGCCGUGUUACUGCAGCAUGGGCGCUACCUCUGUAAGAUUAACCGGCAGGCCAUGGAGGUGCCUGAAGGUCCUCGCAGCAAAGACCACCUCUCUCCCCUCUACUUCUCCUCCAGAACCCCUCUCCAGCCACCCCCACCAGACAACAACAAUAAAACCACAGCGAUGGCUAACGGUUUCUCCAAAGAUAAGUCUCCUCUCCAGAGACCCUGCUGGCACUCUGUCCCUCAGGAGCUGCUGGUCGCCAGGCACUCCCCCCUACAGCCCCGCCCAGGCACACUAUCCAUGAGAUCCUAUUGGUCUAGCCAGGAGAGUGGCAGGAGUGGCGGCAGCCCCGGCCAACCAGCACCAACUAGCCCUGCUACAGACAUGUCCUCACUGCUACCAAUAGGACCAUUACCCUCUUCAGAGAUCGACUCGCCCCUCUGCCUGGACCUUUCCUCCACCACUCUCACCCCUCAUUGGAGUCGAACCAGCCCCCAAGGAAGGACCAACGGGUCCGGUAGCUCCCAGAAUGACCAACCCCUGGAUCUCUCCCUCCCCAAGCCCCAGGAGGGGGAAGUCCUGGAGGACAGCAUGCCCAGUAAUGGACACCCUCGUCUGGGAGAAAAGAGAGAGAAGACCUACAGAGAGCCAGCAGAGAACCAGCAGCUCCACCGGAGGCUGAGUCUCAGUCCACCUUGGCAACAGCAUCAAGGCGUCUACAGUGGCGUUCCGAUGUUUGAGGGCUCCGUCUACAGUGCAUACCCUCUGUUUAACCCCAUGAUGCCUGCUGGGCUAGCUGGCUCAGGACAUGAUGUGGUCCCCUCCCUGCCCCUCAGUCACCCAGCCAGCAGCCAGCGAUUUCUCUCCCCUAUGGUCUACAUGAUGGAGUCGGACACAGAUGCCGUGCUGAAGAGGAUCCGUCAAGAGAGACAAGCCAUCAUGGGUGAGGUGAUGGAUUGCGGGGGUCUGGACUACGCCUCGCUGAUGGAGGAGGGAGGAGAGGGAGAAGGGGGACCAGGGAGGAAGAGACUGAAGAAGAGAGACGACGGCCUGUACGCCUGCGACAUCUGUGACAAGACCUUCCAGAAAAGCAGUUCUCUGCUCCGACACAAGUAUGAGCACACAGGUAAACGUCCUCACGAGUGUCAGAUCUGCAGGAAGGCCUUCAAGCAUAAGCACCAUCUGAUGGAGCACAGUCGCCUGCACUCUGGAGAGAAGCCCUAUGAGUGUGAUAAGUGUGGCAAGAGGUUCUCCCACUCUGGCUCAUACUCCCAACACAUGAACCAUCGAUACACCUACUGUAGCAGGGACCAGGAACAGGAAGGGGUCGAGGAGCCUCCUCUUACCCCAGGAGGGUCCACCGAUCUGGGCCAUGUUUCCGGGGGCACCCCCUUCUCCAUGGAGUACACCCCAAUGUUUCUCAGUGAUGCCAGUCUGGACGGGGGGAUAGGAGGGAGAGCACAUGAAGAGGAGGAGGAAGAGGAGGACGAGACAGACAAAACUAAAGGUGGCCAUAUGAAGGAGGCUUGUACUUUAUCAGGGUCAGGGUCUGGUGAAGGGUUAGGGUUGGAGCUGUGCUCUAGCCCUGUGGGGAAUGAGAGAGACAGACAGCAUGUCGACAGAGACAAUGGAGAAGGAGAGAAUUCUGGUCUACAGACUUACAGACUUGAAAACAACAAUCACUGGGACAGAGAUGCGUUGGAACAAAAUGGAGACCAGAACACAGACACAUACGAGUUGAGCCCAGAAGCCCAGCGGACAAGUAUGCCAAAACCAAUGCAUCUAGCUACAAACAUUUAACAUUUUAGUCAUUUACUAGACACUCUUAUCCAGAGCAACUUACAGUUAGUGUAUUAAUCUUCAGAUCAUAUCGAGUACAUUUUCUCCUCAAUAAAGUAGCUAUCGGCAAAGUCACUGCUAGUGGGGAAAAGAGAA